AUGAAAGUGAUUCAAAAAAUUGAAGGAGAUGAAGGAGCUGCAGAUGAACUGAAUGUUCUAGAUAACACAGUCACCAGUGAUUCAAGGCAUGUUUCUGUGGAACAAGACAUUUAUGGUGAUGAACAUGACAGUGAAUCAUUCGUGCUUCCGGCUGUUGCCAGUAGUGAUACGUUGGACGGUGAAAGUGAAGAAGAAUGGAACGGUGACUGUUCUUACUUUUACAAUGUAAAGAACAACUUUGAAACACGAAUGGAAGGAAAACCAAAAUUUCUCUGUAGUGCUAAUGAUCGGGAGCUCACGUAUUUUUCUAAGUUCUUUGAUGACGAUGCUUUCACUCUCAUUGUAAAUGAAACAAACUUGUAUGCAAAGCAGAAUCGUGGUAGUAGAUGUCCAUCAAAAACGUGGGUGGACACAACUACUCAAGAAAUGAGAGCGUAUAUAGGAUGUCUUAUUCUAAUGGGAAUUCACCAACUUCCUACUCUCUCUAACUUCUGGAGUUCAGACCCUAUACUAAAAGUAGAGCCAAUCGCUAAUGUAAUGACAAGUAAAAGAUUAACAAAGAUUGUAGAGAAUGUUCACUGUAAUAACAACGAAACUGCAAAGCCAAGAAAUUAUCCAGAAUAUGAUAAAAUGCACAAAUUACAGCCAUUGAUUGAAAAGCUUUUGCAGAGCUGUGAGAAUAAUUAUGAGCCCUCAUGA